CGUGUUGGGUACCCUAGAGGUCCUCCAACAAGAACAAAAGCUUUGGUUUCGAUCCAUUCCUUCUCCUACCAAAACUGAAACUAAAAUCCCAAUCUUUCUUCAGAAUCACUUCCAUGGUUUCUCGUUCGAAAAAUAAUUAAAAAGAAAACCCUAACUAUGAGCAAAUUCAAUUAUUCUCUCUAAAUAAUUUCCCCCUUUGCCCUUUCUUUUGUUCUCCCUAUCCAAAUCACAAUCUUUUGUCACUCUCCUGUAAUUCAUGGAAGCUAUGGACUUGGAUACAACAAUGUCUAAUGGAGAUUCAACAACAACAACAUCAUCUGUAACAACAACAGCAACCGCAUCAGUACCAACAUCAAGAUUGAAUAGUCUAGCAGAAACAUUAAAGCUAGAACAUCAAUUUUUAAGAGUACCCUUUGAACAUUUAAAGAAAUCAAUUAGGGCUAAUCAUCGUAUCGCUGAGAAAGAAAUAUCUAGUGUUAUAUCUACUGUUAGUAAUGAUAGUAUGUCUAAAGAAGACGCUGUUAAUCAUCUUACUAAUCUUGUUUCUAGAUUACAAGGUCUUAAAAGAAAGUUGGAAGAAGGAAAUAAAGCAGAGAAUUUGCAAGUGCAAAGAUGCAGAGCUAGGUUGGAUCAUUUAGAUGCAGCAGAAGCUGAGAAUAUGUCUGAGUGGAAUAAUACAAGGCUUAGAAGAAUUCUUGUGGAUUAUAUGCUGAGAUUGUCUUAUUAUGAUACUGCUGCCAAGCUUGCAGAUUGCGCUAAUAUUCAAGAUCUUGUUGAUAUUGACGUCUUCCUCGAUGCGAAGAAGGUCAUUGGUGCUCUUCAAAGCAGGGAGGUAACUCCUGCUUUAGCAUGGUGUGCAGAGAACAAAUCCAGGUUGAAGAAAUCAAAGAGCAAAUUUGAGUUUCAACUGAGACUUCAAGAAUUCAUAGAGCUUGUAAGAGCCGAUAACCAUUUGCAAGCUAUCACAUAUGCUCGGAAGUACCUUGCUUCAUGGGGGGCCACUCAUAUGAAAGAACUGCAGCAAGUUAUGGCAACCCUAGCCUUCAAAAGUAGUACCGAGUGUCCAAAGUACAAGCAGGUUUUAUUUGAGCUAAAGCAAUGGGACAAUCUAGUGGAGCUUUUCAAGCAGGAGUUUUGUCGGUUAUAUGGAAUGACACUUGAACCCUUGCUUAACAUUUUUCUGCAGGCAGGCUUGUCAGCUCUUAAAACUCCAUUCUGCUUUGAGGAAGAUUGUACGAAAGAAGAUCCAUUGUCACAAGAGAACUUCCGGAAGCUAGCAAUGCCAUUACCGUUCUCUAAACAGCACCAUUCAAAGCUUGUUUGUUACAUUACGAAAGAGCUAAUGGAUACAGAAAACCCGCCGCUGGUCUUACCUAACGGCUAUGUUUACAGUACUAAGGCUCUUGAAGAGAUGGCAAAAAAGAAUGGUGGGAAAAUAACUUGUCCCAGAACAGGUUUAGUCUGCAAUUAUUCAGAAGUUGUCAAGGCUUACAUAUCAUAAGCAUACCAAGGCUGCACUUGAGCAAUGAUCUAGUCAAUCAAUUAAUGAUCCAAGCAUUGUAUGUUCUUGUUUAUACAGAGGGGCCUCCACCUCUAGAACCUAUAAAUUAAUGAUGAUUAUCUUUCUGUUUGUUC